AUGUUUGUUGUAUUUGCGCUUGCAGUAUUAGAGCUAUUAGAAACUCCUCCACCAGUUAUUCCUGAUAGAACACCAGAGACAUCAAAUUCACCUACUCCUUCUCCUACAAGAAUCAUCGUCGUUCAGCCUAACCCAGAUGGUAACAAAGUUUCUGCAUGGUUGAUCGCAUGCACAGCAAUUGUAUGUGUAAUCAUCAUUAUUACGAUAGUUUCUGUUGUUAUUUUAUGUUUCAGACAGAACAAAGGCGAAAUUUAUGCUCAUGACACGUCUGCAACGAAACAGCAUGAAGCAGGUACUGUCGAAAUUCGCUCUAUCUACUCAGUUCAAAAAUCUAUAAGAUUAACCUCGAAGUAA